ACGCGGGGCUUUGAUUUAGGAAGUCGCCAGGCUGUGAACCUCGAUAGAUCCUUGCGCGCGCGCCAUCUCCCGGACUCUCGUCCCCGGAACGUUCUUGCAGAGAAUCCAGCGUCAGCGGCCGGACUAAGACAACGAUGGCGACCUCCCUGGUCCUCCACACUGGACAAAAGAUGCCUCUCCUGGGGCUGGGUACCUGGAAGAGUGAGCCUGGGCAGGUGAAGGCAGCUGUCAAGUACGCUCUGAGUGUUGGCUACCGCCACAUCGACUGUGCCGCCAUCUAUGGCAACGAGGUGGAGAUUGGGGAGGCCUUGAAGGACAGUGUGGGGCCUGGCAAGACUAUUUCCCGAGAAGACGUGUUUGUGACCUCCAAGCUGUGGAACACGAAGCACCAGCCGGAGGACGUGGAGCCCGCCCUCAGGAAGACCCUGGCCGACCUGCAGCUGCAGUAUCUGGAUCUCUACCUGAUGCACUGGCCCUAUGGCUUUGAGCGGGGGGACAACCCCUUCCCCAAGAAUGACGAUGGCACCAUACGCUACGAUACCAUCCACUACAAGGAGACCUGGAAGGCGAUGGAGGCGCUGGUGGCCAAGGGGCUGGUGCGGGCCCUGGGGCUCUCCAACUUCAACAGCCGCCAGAUCGAUGACAUUCUCAGCGUCGCCACCGUGCGCCCUGCGGUGCUCCAGGUGGAGAGCCACCCUUACCUGGCCCAGAAUGAGCUCAUUGCUCAUUGCCACAAGUUGGGGCUGGAAGUGACGGCCUACAGUCCCCUGGGCUCCUCGGACCGAGCCUGGCGAGACCCACUGGAGCCGGUCUUGCUGGAGGAGCCGCUCGUCCUCCAGCUGGCCAAGAAGUACCAGAAGUCGCCGGCCCAGAUCCUGCUCAGGUGGCAAGUCCAGCGCAAGGUGAUCUGUAUUCCCAAGAGCAUCACUCCUUCCCGGAUCCUCGAGAACAUCCAGGUUUUCGACUUCACCCUGACCCCAGAAGAGAUGAAGGAGAUGGGGGCUCUGAACAAGAACUGGCGGUACAUUGUGCCCAUGAUAACGGUGGGUGAGAAGCGGGUCCCGAGAGACGCAGGACAUCCUCUGUACCCCUUCAACGAGCCUUUUUAGGGCCUGACCUGUCUGGGCUUUCGCUCCAGGCGGGAGCUAGAAUCAAUAUACGCCUCAUGGCCUCCCUGA